AUGGGGAACCAAGACAGAGAAACCUUCGACUCCUCCAGAACCUCAAAGGCGUCGUCCUUGGGUCUGGAGGAUCUAGAUCUCGAAUACGAACCAUCCAGCUCGACGCAAACACCGCCGGAAUACACACCGCAAUACGACCCCAAGAAACAAUGGCCGAUGCCUCUGAACAUCGUGGUCCAAGUAGUCGGCUCCCGCGGCGACGUCCAGCCCUUCCUCGCCCUCGCCGCCGCCCUCCUGAAAUGCGGCCACCGCGUCCGCAUCGCAACGCACCCCCAAUUCUCCGACUUCGUCCUCUCUUCCUCUCCGAAACUCGAAUUCUUUCCUGUUGGAGGCGACCCGGCGGAUCUGAUGAGCUACAUGGUGGAAUCGCCCUCCUUAAUCCCGAAAAUAUCCCAGAUCCGCGCCGGCAUCAUCCAGCGCAAGCGCGACAUGUACGUCGAGAUGCUAGAUGGCUUCUGGCGCUCCUGCGUCCACCCGGACCCGCUGACCAAUGUCCCCUUCGUCGCCGACGCCAUCAUCGCGAACCCGCCCAGCUUCGCGCAUGUACACUGUGCCCAGGCGCUCGGGAUCCCGGUGCAUUUGAUGUUCACGAUGCCGUGGAGCAGUACCAAGGCGUUCCCGCACCCGCUGGCGAAUGUCGGGUAUUCGAAGGCGGAUAAGAAGACGACCAACUUCGCGUCGUAUGCCGCCGUGGAGUUUCUGACGUGGCAGGGUCUGGGAGAUUUGGUGAAUUCUUGGAGAGUUGCGUCGUUGGGUCUUGAGACUGUCCCAAAUACUGAGGGACACCGGCUGCUCGAGGUCCUGCAAGUUCCCUUCACAUAUUGCUGGUCGCCAUCUCUCGUCCCGAAGCCGAGCGAUUGGGGUCCGCACAUAGAUGUCAGCGGCUUCUUUUUCCGAGAUCCAGCACCGUACACGCCACCACCCGACCUCGAAAAGUUCCUUGCGGACGGUCCUCCUCCAAUUUACGUCGGCUUCGGCAGCAUCGUCGUCGGUGGUAUCGAGGGACUCAUGACCAUGGUCCUCAGCGCCAUCAAGGCCACCGGCGUCAGAGCCAUCAUCUCGCGGGGGUGGAGCAACUUGACGGGAGAAGAAUCUUCGGAUGUGUUCUACGUAGGCGAUUGUCCCCAUGAGUGGCUGUUUCAACAAGUUGCUGCCGUAAUACAUCAUGGCGGUGCCGGUACGACGGCGUGCGGGCUGCGUUAUGGAACACCCACGACCAUCGUCCCCUUCUUUGGAGACCAACCCUUCUGGGGCGCAGUUGUAGCAGAAGCAGGCGCCGGCCCAGCUCCGAUCCCGUAUCGUUCCCUGACCUCGCAGAAGUUGAUCCACGCCAUCCAAUACUGCCUCUCGCCAGAAGCAGUCACAGCAGCGAAACAACUGGCCGAGUCUAUGCGGAAGGAGGACGGGGUCCAGGCGGCGGUCGACUCCUUCCACGCAAACCUGCCCGAGUCGAAGAUGGGAUGCGACUUCUUCCCUGAUCAACCAGCGGCUCUGGUGUACGGGCGAGGCAAGAAGCAGGUCAAGAUGUGCAGGCCGGUCGCGUCGAUAUUGGUCAAGAACGGCAAGGUGGAGAGGAAGCAGCUCAAGUCAUACCGCUCGAAGCCGACGAACAUCGAGAACCAGAGAUGGGACCCCCUAACUGCGCUGUCGGCCGCGUCCAUCUCGACAAUCGUCAAGAUGGCCGGUGCGACAGCUGACAUCAUUGUCAAACCCUUCGAAGAGUACAAGCGGGGCAGCGAGUCCGGAGACAAGGUCGAGGCGCAAGCUGAGAGUAUCCGGAGACACAGCCAAGCACCGGCUUUCGCCAUGCUUCCCCUUCCUGGGGUGGGAGUUCCUGAAGGCGGUGAUGCGAAACCGACUAGUCGUCCGGUGUCUUCCCGGGGAGAGGAUUCCUCGAGCAAACCAGGGGCCAUGGCAGUCGCCGCCGCAAAUGGCGUCGGGAAGCUUGCAGGCAACGCCACCAAAGGCCUGCUUGUAGAUAUCCCCUUGGCAGUCACGGAGGGUCUCAGAGCGGUACCGAAUCUGUACGGUGACCAGGUCAAGAAGCACGACGCGGUAGAAGGGUUCCGCAGCGGUGUUUCCGUCGCCGGCAAGACAUUCUGUCACGAUAUGAAGGGCGGUCUCACGGACAUCUUUGUGCACACCUACACAGGCAAGAAGGAAGAAGGAGCUCUGGGCGCUGCCAAGGGGUUGGGUAAGGGUGUGGUGAGCCUCGUCACCAAGAGCACGGCGGCGACGUUCGGUCUCGUGAGCUAUCCCGCGCAGGGUAUCUACCGCAGCAUCUGGAGCGCCACAAACGACAAGACGCGGCGGAGUAUCGAGGACGAGAAGCUUCUCGAGGGUGACUGGAUGGUGUCGAUGAGUCCGAGCUGGAAGAUGGACCAUGCGGCCAUCGUGGAAGACUUUGACGGGCUACGCGGGACGAGGGGAGGUUAG